AUGGUCAAGGCUAUCGCUGUCCUCAAGGGUGACUCCAAGGUCACUGGCACCAUCACCUUCACCCAGGCCGCCGAGGGUGGACCCGUCUCCGUCACUGGCACCAUCACGGGCCUUGACGCCAACGCCCAGCGUGGUUUCCACAUCCACCAGUUCGGUGACCUCUCGUCGGGCUGCACCUCGGCUGGCGCCCACUUCAACCCCCACGGCAAGAACCAUGGUGGCCCCACCGACACUGAGCGCCACGUCGGUGACCUCGGCAACGUCAAGACUGACGGCUCGGGCAACGUCAACGUCAACAUCCAGGACUCUGAGAUCUCGCUCCUUGGCCCCUACUCGAUCCUUGGCCGCUCGCUCGUCGUCCACGCUGGCGAGGACGACCUCGGCAAGGGUGGCCACGCCGACUCGCUCAAGACUGGUAACGCCGGCGGCCGUGCUGCCUGCGGUGUCAUCGGCAUCUCGGACGCCUAG